AUGCUCAGAUUAUCCUCAAACUCCUCAGAUUAUCCUCAGACUACUCCUCAAACUCCUCAGUCUAAUCCUCAGACUCCUCCUCAGACUACUCCUCAAACUACUUCUCGGUCUAAUCCUCAGAUUAUCCUCAAAUUCCUUAGAUUAUCCUCAGACUACUCCUCAAACUCCUCAGUCUAA